AUGAUUGCCAUCUUCGCAGUACUUGCUGUUCUUGGAGCAGCUGUAGCCCAUUACUUACCGGUCUAUCCACCGUUGAGACAUAAUGGCGAGCUCGUGGCGAACGUGAAAGGUGGGCGUAAUCACGGACCAUUUUUGGACGUCUUCCAUGGGCAUCGCCGCAGAUACCUUCCACCUGGCUAUUACGGCUGGCCGUACGGUCUUCCGCCAAACAUCGUUUCAAACCCAUUCUACGUAGAGCGUCGCCACAGAAGACGUCAUCAUCGCGAUAGCUACAGUCGCAGUCGCAGUGACAGUCGCGAUCGCGAUUACGACAGAAGAGAUAGAAGAAGGCGUGACAGCAGCGACAGCCGUGAUUGGUGA